CAUAAAUUUCAUCUUUUCUAGGUAGGGAAGUGGAGUACUUCUGGGGGGCUGAACAUCACCGAGGUCUCCAGGCAGAACGGCAUGAACAUCACUGACUCGCUUUCCAACCGCUCACUGGUCAUCACCACCAUCCUGGAGGAGCCAUAUGUCACGCUUAAGAAGUCUGACAAGGCACUCGUCGGCAAUGACCGCUUUGAGGGCUUCUGUAUUGACCUGCUUAAAGAGUUGGCCAGCAUUCUGGGUUUUUCCUACGAGAUCCACCUGGUGCCGGAUGGAAAGUAUGGGUUUCAAGAUGAUAAAGGCCAGUGGAAUGGGAUGAUAAAGGAACUCAUGGAACACAGAGCUGACCUUGCUGUGGCUCCUCUCACAAUCACCUUUAUGCGAGAGAAAGCUAUUGACUUCUCCAAACCUUUCUUGAACACUGGCAUCAGUAUUCUGUACCGCAGACCCAACAGCACCAACUCUGGCUUCUUCUCUUUCCUGAACCCCAUGACCCCUGAUAUCUGGGUCUACAUCCUGUUGGCCUACCUGGGAGUCAGCUGUGUACUCUUCGUCAUCGCCAGGUUCAGCCCGUACGAGUGGUAUGACGCCCAUCCGUGUAACCCAGGCUCCGAUGUGGUAGAAAACAACUUCACCCUUCUCAACAGCUUCUGGUUUGGCGUGGGCUCCCUCAUGCAGCAAGGUUCAGAACUGAUGCCUAAAGCUCUCUCUACUCGAAUCAUUGGAGGAAUCUGGUGGUUCUUCACCCUCAUCAUCAUCUCCUCCUACACAGCGAAUCUGGCCGCUUUUCUCACUGUAGAGAGGAUGGAUUCGCCCGUGGACUCAGCCGAUGACCUGGCCAAACAGACCAAAAUAGAGUACGGCGUAGUCAAAGAUGGAGCAACCAUGUCCUUCUUUAAGAAAUCAAGAGUGUCUACAUUUGAGAAGAUGUGGGCUUUCAUGAGUAGCAGGCAGAGCACGUCGUUUGUCAAGUCCAUUGAAGAUGGGAUUCAGAGAGUGUUAAAGUCAGACUACGCCCUUCUAAUGGAGUCAACGACCAUUGAGUAUGUGACACGCAGAAACUGCAAUCUCACGCAAGUCGGCGGCAUCAUCGACAGCAAAGGUUAUGGCAUCGGCACCCCAAAAGGCUCGCCAUACAGGGAUAAAAUCACAAUUGCCAUCCUCAGUAUCCUGGAAGAUGGCCGUCUUCACAUGCUCAAAGAGAAGUGGUGGAGCGGCAGCAACUGUCUGGAAGACGAGCGGUAUGAAACGGGUCCCAUGGGCAUCCAGAAUCUGGGCGGCAUAUUCAUUGUAUUGGCGUCUGGUCUGGUGCUGUCAGUGUUUGUGGCUAUAGGAGAGUUCAUCUACAAGAUGCGCAAAAAUGCAGAACGUGAACAGGUCUUUCUGCAGUGCGGUGAUAGAAGAGAUCAAACUGUCGUUCACAUGCGAGAGACGGGUGAAACACAAGCUCCACCGCCAGCCGCCAGCCAUGGUGAAGACGGACGCAGUGAUCAACAUGCACUCCUUCAACGACCGUCGCCUGCCAGUAAAGGACAACAUGAGCUGCAACCCCGCGAUGACGCCCGUGUUUCCAUGACUUGCCUGGGCGACGGCCACCUGAGGCACGUCCCCGGCGCCAUGCCGGAGAGCAGGGACUACGGCCCCGAGAUGAUUACAGCAUUCACCAUCAACCGCAGAGACAUCAGACACCAAAUGGCCAGUCAGAACGGUGGCAGUAGCAACAAACCAGGUAGUGACCACAUCCUCAAACCAAUGUAUCCCACCAUGCCAUUGCGAGAGGGAGGCCGAUCGGUAUCCUUCCUGUGAGAGCAAGCCACGUCUGCGAAACUAUCCGCACCCGAGUCUGAUGUUUACAAACAGCAUUCAAAAGCGAAGCUCACGAUCUGACUCGAAGGAGCCCCCCCGAUCAAACGAAAAUAUAUGUUUCUCAUUGGAACAACGUGAAAAUGUGGAAAAGAGGCUUUUUUUGAGCAUGGCAAUAAAUGUAACUACGGACAGACUCGAAUGGAAGUAGUUUUCUUAGAGUAACAUUUAUAGCACAUCAAGUUAAUUUCAAAGAGUUCUGACGAUUUAUCUUUUGAUUUCGUCAAAAUCAUGUGGCGUUUUGGUGGGGACGCAACAAAAAAAGCGCAGUGAAUGCGAUGUACAUUACCGGUUAGCGUCGGACCGUAGGAGCAGUUUAGUUUAACACGCUGUACCGGAGCAGCCAGCGUGACCUGCUAGAAUAGUAGAAAACCCUUAGACUGCAAGUUCCCGAAGGCUACGGGGAGUGUAGCGGCAUACUACGCUCACGGAAAUGCACAAACUAACAGGGUUGAUUUCAUUCGAGCCACCUAAACAAAUUGA